AUGGGUAGGAGCAAAGCCAAAGGCAAUGUGCAGCGUGUGGAGGUGCUGAUUGUUGGCAAGACCACCACGACUCAGAAGUAUCAUGUGGAUGGUGGUGGCACAUUCGCUGAGUGCUUCAGUGACUUUGCACGGCGCUUGCAUUACGCGGACCAGAAGCUGAUCAGCUUUUUUUGCGAUGGCAGAAUGGUGACGGCAAGCACACCGGUGGCUGAGCUUUGUGGUGGAAGGAAAGGUGUGCUUAUGAUCAUCCAGGCCUUGCUGCCAGAAGAGAGUGCGGCCAUAGAAGCUUGCAGGAAGUUGCGCGCAGCAACGUUGAUUGAGGGUCCCGUGCCACCAAUCCUCAAAGCCACGUUCCUGGAGUUGUGCGGGCAGUGCAACUUGGCUUUGCCUGCCGAAGAGUUUUGGACUAUGGUGGCUGGCUCGGAAGAGGUUGAAAGCUUGGACGAGUCUGCAUGGGAGAGAAUCAUGCAGGACUUCCUGGAAUGUACCACUGAGAGCUACCUUUUCGAGGAGCCAGAAGCAACAUCGGCCACACUGAAGAAGCUAACGCCAGGCAUGGUGGUGCAAAUCGUUCAGCGGGAAGGCUUCCCAGACGAGCGCGGCUUCUGCUACGUGAACGCAGCUGACCAGCUAGGGUACGUGCGUGUCCACACAUGUACCAUGCGUCUGUUCGUGGAGUGCUUCCCCGCUCUGAACAUCUCGGCAGCAGAAGAGUAUGGCUCGGGCUUGACGUGCGAAGAAGCACUUCGGCUCAUUACAGAGGAGGACAAAAGGAUCGACGAAGCUUAUGGCAUCGAGAAUGCAUCCGAUGAAGAGCAAGCAGGCGAGGCUGCAGGUUCAGCUGCGGCAUCAGCUGCAGGACCGGCAGCAGCAGAGCUUCCAGUAGAAGAGACUGCUGAAGAAGCUGGCGAUGCAGCUCGUCCCAAAAAGCGUCGCAGGCGUGCCUGGGGCCAAGCUGGGCCACGAAACAAUGGCAAGGGCGGUUCCACCACCCAGAAAACCCUGGAAGAGAUCAGGCGUUUGCAGUCUGGAAAGAGCGCCGAGCUCUUGAUUCCCAAAUUGGCGUUCGGCAGGUUGUGCAAGGAUGUGCUGGCCGAGCUCCUCGUAGAGCGCAACCGCUUUGAGCUUGAGCAGAUGCAGCAAGAACGUGGCCUGCUGACAGGUCACGAGCUCUUUGAGCGGGACGACCCGCAAUGUGUGCGUUUCAGUUCCGAUGCCCUACAUGCACUCCAGGUUGUUUGUGAGUGGUGGCUGGUGGACACUUUUAGCUAUGCCAACCGCUGUGCACACCACGGCAAGCGAGUCACCGUGAUGCUGCCUGACUGGCAGUUGGUACAGGAGUUGCGCCGCUGA